GGCUCUUCAUGUGGACAAUCCUCCUCAAAACCCAUCACUGACCACCAGCUAUGUCCACGGCACCUCCUCUUUCUCACUACUACCCCUGACUGUGAGCCAGAGUCUGGAUGCAACUGCCCAACGCUGGCCUGAACGGGAAGCUGUUAUCUUUGUGCAGGAUGGCAUCCGAAAAACGUUUGCACAGUUUCAACAAGACGUUGACAAGGCUGCUGCAGGCCUCCUUGCUCUGGGGCUGAAGCGAGGCGAUCGACUGGGAGUCUGGGGGCCAAACACAUAUCAGUGGAUCCUUUUCCAGUUUGCUUCAGCCAAGGCUGGAAUUAUACUGGUGCCCUUGAACCCAUCCUAUCAGGUAAAGGAAGUGGAGUUCACUAUAUUAAAGGUCCAGUGUAAGGCAGUGGUAUGUCCAACCAGCUUUAAAACCCAGAGAUUUUGUGAGAUGCUGAGGGAGAUUUGCCCAGAGAUUGGCUAUGGAACAACUGAAAAUAGUCCUGUUACAUUUCUUGGGUUUCCAGAGGACAACGAUGAGCUGAAGAUGAACACCGUAGGAUGCAUCCUGGGUCACACUGAGGCUAAAGUGGUGGAGCCCACUACUGGGGAGAUUGUCCCUCUUGGGGCCUCAGGUGAGCUGCUGAUCAGAGGCAGCUGUGUGAUGCAUGGGUACUGGGAUGAGCCAGAGAAAACCAGAGAGGUGAUCUCCCAAGACCGCUGGUACAGGACUGGUGACACAGCCAGUCUGAACAGUCUGGGAUACUGCUCCAUUGACGGACGCAUAAAGGAUAUGAUCAUUCGAGGAGGAGAGAACAUCUAUCCAGCUGAGAUAGAGCAAUUUCUCUACAAGCAUCCCAAAGUAAAGGAAGUGCAGGUGGUUGGAGUGAAAGAUUGGCGGCUGGGCGAGCAAGUUUGUGCUUGCAUCAAGCUGAAGGAGGGUCAGAGUUCCAGUGCAGAAGAGAUAAGAGCUUUCUGCAAAGGCCAGAUUUCUCACUUCAAGAUCCCACACUAUGUGUUAUUUGUGGACAGCUACCCUCUCACGGUCUCUGGAAAGAUCAAGAAGAACAUAUUAAAGGAAACAAUGGAGAAGAAGUUGGGCCUUUAA